UAAAAAGGUUAGGUGACUCUCGAAUUCCUAAGAAAAACCAUUGCAUAUCACAUCUAUUUUGUAUUUUGUCUAUGGUAAAACAUGGACGUGGACACAGCAAGUGAUAAUACGUCUAUCGAUGACAAGAUAGAUGAUUUUUGUGAAAAUCCAACGAGAGAUGCUUUGACAGAAGGUCUUAUGAGUCUUCUGAAACCUACAGUGGAUCAAUUAGAUGAAAGAAUUCGUGCCACAAGGAUAUGUCAAAUAGAAUUAAAGCAGAGAAUUGAAUCAUUGACAGAAGAAUUACAACGAAUCAAUGAAGCAUUGCAAUGCCCAUUGGAAACUGAUUCUUAUGUUAAAAAGUUAAUUAAUGCUAAACACAAAAUUACCAUUGUCAGUAACAUUUUACAAAGUACACAAGAGCGAUUAAAUAAAAUUCAUCAAGCAGUGGAGAAGAAUACAGCAAAGAGGAAAGCUUUAUUGGAUCACAGUUCUUCAUAUGGAAAUACCUCUAAUAUUUUAAAUAAAGAAGAAGUGGAAAUAGAACAAGAAACUAAUAUUUCUAAAGAACAUGAAUGAAUCAUAAUUAUGAUAAAUAUAAAUUAAUUGUGAUAUGUCUUAUUAGUUUGAUAUUUAAUCUAGAAUUAUUUAAGAAAGAAAAAAUUAUAUAAAAAUUCUUAUAACAUC